AUGCUUCUCUCUCAGGACGGAUGGGAGAAGAUCAAGAACGAAGGAAUCAAGGUCCUGGAAGAGUUUCUGGACACCGGACAUAUAAGAUCAACCGUGCCCCAGAACACAGAUCCGAAGAAGCCGCGCAAUGUCUUCAGCAAAGCCAAUUAUGCAGAUCUAUAUACGACAGUCUACAACAUGUGCACUCAGCGAACGCCAAACAACUGGUCUGAGCAGUUGUACCGGCGCUACGGAGAGGCAAUGUCAGACUACGUCCAGCGGCAGGUCCUGCCAGCUCUCAAGGAUAAAACAGACAUCCCCUUGAUGAAGGAGCUGCUGCAUAGGUGGGUGAACCACAAGAUCUACGUGAAGUGGAUGGACAGAUUCUUCACCUAUCUGGAUCGGUACUAUGUCAAACUCCAGUCAGUGGAGCCUCUGCACAACAGGGGCUAUAGCAUUUUCAACCAGCAGGUUUUCUCGAGUGUCAUCAAGGACACACGAUCAGCGCUGCUGAAGGUCAUCAAUCAGGAGCGACAAGGCGAGCACAUUGACCAGGAUCUCGUGAAAGGUGUGAUCGAGAUCUUCAUUGACCUUGGCCUUAACAGCUCAAACCUGUACAACACUGAGUUUGAGGAAGCUUUCCUACCGGCCACUAGCAGCUACUUCGUGCGGCAAGCCUCAGGCUGGCUGUCGGAGGAUUCCUUCCCAGAGUACCUUCGCAAAGCAGAGGCUGCUGCACAGCUUAAGCAUUAA